AUGGCGUCGCCGCCCCCCGUAGAAGACCAAGCUCGUCUGCUCGAAGAUGCCCUCGCCGUGGUGCGCCAGCAGACGAUGCUCAUGCGGCGGUGUCUCGAGACGCCGGGCAAGUUGAUGGAUGCGCUCAAGUGCAGCUCGACACUUGUCUCCGAACUUCGGACCAGCAGCCUCGGCCCGAAGCAGUACUACGAGCUCUACAUGGCCGUCUUCGAUGCCCUGCGCCAUCUCGCCGUCUACCUCCGCGAGAACCACCCCGUAAAUCACCUCGCCGAUCUCUACGAACUCGUCCAGUAUGCCGGAAAUAUCAUCCCCCGCCUGUACCUCAUGGUCACCGUCGGGACCGUCUACAUGGCUAUUGAGGAUGCGCCCGUCAAGGAGAUUAUGAAGGAUAUGAUGGAGAUGAGUCGCGGAGUCCAACACCCUAUCCGUGGUCUGUUUUUGCGGUACUACCUUGCGGGUCAAGCACGCGACUGCCUUCCAUCUGGCGACAGCGAGGGGCCCGAGGGCAAUCUCCAGGACUCCAUCAGCUUCAUCUUGACAAACUUCGUCGAGAUGAACAAGCUGUGGGUGCGACUACAACAUCAGGGACAUUCGAGAGAGCGCGAACAGCGUACCAAAGAGCGACAGGAACUGCAACUUCUCGUGGGAAGUAACCUGGUCAGACUCAGCCAAUUGGUUGACUUGGAGAACUACAAGAAGAUCUUGAACCCGUUGCUAGAGCAGAUUGUACAAUGUCGGGAUGUUCUAGCGCAAGAAUACCUACUGGAGGUUGUCACACAGGUUUUCCCUGACGAAUUCCACCUACACACGCUCGAUCAGUUCCUCUCUGCCGUUGCGCGCUUGAACCCACAUGUAAAUGUUAAAGCCAUUGUCGUGGGCCUCAUGGACCGAUUGUCGUCGUAUGCGCAAAGAGAAGCCGAGUCCGAAAGCCCAGAACAGCGCAAGAAGACGGAAGAAGAGUCGAUAGCACAGCUCAUGGAACAAAUGCGGAUAGCAAAGGAGAAGAAGGCGGCCGAACCAGAGCCAGCGCCAGCGCAGCAGAACGGAGACGCACCAGAGACUUCGGAGACGGAACCAAGCACAGAAGAGGCUUCCGAAGAACCACCCAAACCAACGGAUACCUCUGCUGAGACUGAAGAAAACCAAGCGACCGAGACAGAUGGUGACAUCGAGAAGAGGCGCGGUAUACCCAACAACGUCAAACUGUUCGAGAUCUUUCACGAACAGGUACAGACGCUGGUUAAGAUGCAGCGGUUGCCAAUACAGGACACAAUCGGAUUACUGGUGUCGCUGGCAAACCUCGCCUUAAACAUCUAUCCCGAAAGACUCGAUUACAUUGACCAGGUCCUUACCUUUGCAAACCAAAAGGUCGCCGAAUACCAAAACAGCGCCGACUUACACUCACAAGCCACCCAAAGCCAGAUCCUCAGCCUCCUCCUUUCGCCGAUCAAGACCUACAUCUCUCUCUUCACCGCGCUCGCGUUACCGAACUUCAUCCCUCUUCUACAUUCACAACCGUACCCGACUCGGAGAGCAGUUGCUGGCGAAGUUGCAAGGAGUCUGAUGCGGAAUCAGACCUUCAUUGCAUCUGUAGAGAACCUCGAAAGUGUGCUGGAGAUUCUCAAGGUCCUCAUUCGUGAAGGCAUCCAACAAGCCCAAGGAUACCCAGGUGGACCAAUUCAAAGACGAGCACAGGAGACAGAGGAGACAAUAGAAGAGCAAGGAUGGCUAGCGCGGAUAGUACAUCUCAUCCGUGGCAAGGACAACGAUACCCAAUUCAAGGCGAGUAUAAUUAAUCUCCUCCAAGCUGCGCGCAAGUCUUUUGCCGAAGGCAACGAGCGUGUCAAAUACACAUCCCCGGCCAUUAUCACAGCAUCACUCAAGCUCGCACGUCAAUACAAGAAGCGCGAACACUUCGAAGACAACUGGCAAUCGCAGUCAUCAGCUCUUUACAAGUUCAUGCACAACACUCUAUCGACGCUGUACACCCGCGUUACAGGCUCCGCAGAUCUCUCGCUCCGCCUCUUCAUCGCCUGCGGUCAAGUAGCAGAUCAAAACGGUUUCGAGGAGGUCGCGUACGAGUUCUUCGCGCAAGCAUUUACAAUAUAUGAGGAAGCGAUUAGCGAUUCAAGAGCGCAGUUUCAGGCCGUGUGCGUCAUUGCGAGUGGCCUCCAUACAACGAGGAACUUUGGCAAGGAGAACUACGAUACCUUGAUUACAAAGUGCGCGUUGCAUGGAAGCAAGCUACUCAAGAAGCCAGAUCAAUGUCGUGCGGUAUACCUUGCAAGUCACCUGUGGUGGGCGACUGAGAUUAGGGCGUUGGGCGAAGAGGAUCCAAAGAACCUCUAUCGCGAUGGCAAGCGUGUGCUUGAGUGCUUACAGCGUGCUCUCCGCGUGGCCGAUGCAUGCAUGGACGCUGCGGUCUCUGUUGAGCUGUUUGUUGAGAUACUCAACAGAUAUGUCUACUACUUCGACCAAGAGAACGACGCUGUCACAACGAAGUACCUCAACGGCCUCAUCGAGCUCAUCCACUCAAACUUACAAUCCAACGAGAAUGCUUCUUCGCUUGAGAACCCAAGGAAACACUUUCAGCGUACCCUGGAUUACAUAGCGAGUCGAGAGUACGAAGGCGUGGUCACGGCACCGAAGUAA